CGCGGCGGCGUCAUGGCGGCGGCCUCGGGGGGCUGCCUGAGCCUCUGGCGGGAGGAGAACGACGGGCUGGCGGGCCGCUGGCGGAGGAGCCCCCCACGCAGGGUUGAGAAGGCUGCCGGGUGGGAGAAGCAGAGCGCUCCGCAGUGCCAGCGCGCCUUCCGCCAUCUGCUGCAGAAGAUCCAAGGACUCCCUGCUGUGCCCCCUGCUCUACCGCUGGAGCUGACCAUCCUCUGCAAUUCCCUGCAGUUUGACCUUGCUCUGCCCAGCGACUCCAACGAGAAGCUAUUGGCAAGGAUAGACUACGGGCUCAGCAGAGUUCUGGAGGCUCGUGCUGUGCCUGGGCAAGGGCUCAGCUCAGAGGAUCGCUGGCGGAAGGUUCUCCAGCAGGGGACCCCUGAAGAGCUGCAGGGCCCUCUGCACCAACUGGCUGCCCUGCAGUGCUUGCUUUGGCUGGCAGAAAACCACCUGGGUGCUGUGGAGGGCCUCUGCCGACAGCUGUGCGGGGCCAAGGACCCAGGGCAGCCUUUGCGCAGUAGCUGUGAGAAUGAGCUCCUUUCCCUGCUGCAAGGAUGGCGUCCAGCCGAUGCGGGAGAAUCUGACCCCCUCGUGGUGCAGAGUGCCAGGGACCUGAGAGACGUUCUGUGGACUUCAGCCGCUUUCCUGCAAGGCUUUCAGGAGCUGGGUGCUGGCCAUCAUGCCGCAGCUCUCGCCUUCCUCCAGGCAGCUGCCACGGGGCUGUGUUCCAAGAGAGUCCUGGCCCAGAUCUUCACGUUGAUGGGAUGCUGCAACCUGAAAAUGCGUAAGCCGCAGACCGCGAUCCAGUGCCUGAAGCAAGCCCUGCAGGUGGACCCCUCCUUCGUCCCUGCCCUGUACCAAGCAGCCUUGCUGUACCGCCACCUGGGACUUGUGGGAGCAGAGCUGGAGGCCUUGGCGCUGCUCUGUCAGGCCCUGGACGGCUCGACGCAGACGGCUGCGGCGUCUCUCAACCAAACUCCCCUUGUUGGAGUGGAGCUUUUCGUUUGCACGCCUCAGCUUCGUGCUUUCUUUGGCCAGACCUCUCCAUCAGAAGUGAAGUACCUGCUGGCUCGGAGGUGCCUCCAGGCAGGGAGGGCGAAGGAGGCAGCCGAGCACUACCUGGACCUCUUGGCCCUGUGGCAGGAGGGGCCUCUUCACCAGGGAUUCCUGCACGGGGAGCUGGCCUUGCCCGGGGUCCCCGAGGUGUUCCUGGAAGCUGCAUCGGCCCUGGAGGAGGUGGCCAGGCACCAGGAUGCCAUCGCCGUCUGCGAGGAGGUGGUCGGCCGGACGAGCCGGCUGAUUCCCAAGAGGCUGCAGGUGGACCUGGGCUCGAGCACCCAAGAGGACGGCUGGGGGACCUCACUGGCACAGCCGGAGAGGGAGAGCCUGCACUGCGUUCUCUGGCGGGCCGCAGCCUACUUGCUGCAGGGCUGUGCGCGGGCGAGGCUAGGAGAAGCCAAGGAAGCCAUCAGCCUCUCGAGCAGGUGCCUUCAGGAUCUCCUGAGGAUCCAGUUUGUAAACACAGGCAGCCGAGGCACGGAAGAGGACGGGGCCCCGUUGGCUCCCCCAGAAGCCGAGGUGCUUCGCCAAACCAGGCAGCUGGCUCUGACUGUCCGGGGAGUGGCGUUCCUGGAGCUGGGGAGAGAGAAAGAGGCCUUGAUGGACUUCCAGCACAGCCUGCACUUCUGCCCAGAGAGCCCUGCCGCUCACUGGUAUCUGCUGCACACCCUCUGGAAACUGGACAGGAGGCAGGAAGCACGGGCGCACUGGCAUAGAUUCCGCGCAAACCCUGGGUUGAUGGAGGAAGAAGCCGAAAGGCGCCGGGGUAUGCCAAUCAUCGACCUGGCAAUUCCCGAUUGGCUCCAGCGAGCCCCGUGGCUCUUUCCGGCGACGCCCAACCGGUGCCCCGGAUGA